AUGUCGGGUUAUAGCCUUGAAAAGGGCAUAGCGCAAGGUACAAGCUCGUCGUCGGGGGAAACCCCAUGUCCUCCACAACACCCUCAGUUCCUAACUUUGACUCAAUCAAAGCUGGAGAAGGUGCCGGAGGGUUUGAAGGGACCGUGCCGUCUCCGGGCGGCCACAUCUGACUGUCUUAACAAGGACUUCCCAGACACCGGAAGCUUGUACUUCCAGGCCAUGGAUGAUGCGAAAGCAUCAAUGGACUUUGUUCAGUGGCGCGCCCCGGGACAAGAUGGCACGGUUCCUCAGACAGAAGAAGAGCACCAAGCUGUUGCUAAACUACUAGUGAAUGCGUUCAAAGAGAUGAGUGUAGCCAAGGACACCGAAGGCAGCGCUUAUCGCAAGCGCUUGUCUCCGACUCACGACUCCUACUAUGGAGAUUGGGCCAUCGAGGCUUGUGCUUGGGACAUCAUCCGUAUGACGAAGGCUAUCCACACCGAAGGCUUCAAGGCAGCUAUUUACGACAAGACUGUCAUCGACUCUAUUGGCCAAACCCAACAGUGGACCUUCAAAGAGCGGAUCGACUGGAUCUGCAUGGCUCUCAAGACAUCCAAAUCCAAUGCUGUCAGCCUCAUGAAGAACGAGAAGAUUUGGACUAUCAUCGGCUCACCUCAUAAACUCUACAACAGCACUAUCAUCAACUCUGUUUCCAACAAGCAUCGCGGUGCUUGGGUCAUUCACGGUCGUAAUGCAGACCCUGACCACCAAGCUCGUCCUAUCAAGCGCCAGAAGACACAACACAACCCUUCGGGCAGAGUGGAUGUUAACAUGGGCACUGAAGAGGUUGAGCACACAAAGGUUGGCGGGGAUGUCGGCGCUGCCGAGAGCAGCCAGUCUGGCGUCACUGGAGGCGCCAAAGCUGUCCAAGCCACUGACGCCGCUAAAGCUACCCAACCUGUCAAGACAACCUCAACCAUCAAGCCAGGUCUUAGGCAAAUCAAGCCGCGCAAGAGCAAGUACGACAUCACCCCCAUGCCAGCUUCCUAUAUUGCCCGCAACCAAGAUAUGGGACUCUUCCGUCACCAGACUCCCGGUCUGCCGAUCAGAAAUGAUACUUCCUCCGGCCUUACACCAGCUCUUCCCAUUCAACAGGAUUUCUUCUGGCGUCCCACACAUCAGCUCCGCGAUGCGCAGAUUGCCAAUGACGCUCAAAUUGCCAAGCUCAUGUUCGGAGAGUUGCCUAAGCGCGGGGAUAUAUUCUGGGCUGGUCUCGCUGCUCGGAGUGGUAAUGUCAAGGGCUUUGAGUAUAGCGGUGUCGUCGAGAAGACUGUCGCUGGCAAGGAGCGUGGUGUCAACAACGAUGCUGCUGCUACCAAGGAGCGUGGUAUCAACAACGGUGCUGCUACCAAGGAGCGUGGUGUCAACAAAGGUGCUGCUGCUACCAAGGGUACUGCGGCAACCCAGGUCUACAAUCAACCGGUUUCCGAGACUUCUGAUGUGCAGCCGCAGCCGGGUAUGUAUGACGCUGAUGUGUUGGAGGGUGCGCUUCUGUUGACCUUACUGAAGGACGCACACUAA